ACUCAACAGGCGACUAACCCAGAGAGCAGGGAGGGUGGCCAGGCCCAGUGAAGGAGAGAGAGGACAGAGCUGUCCCCAGCAUGAUGGCGCUGCCGCUGAGGUCGCUGAGCCGGGGCUUCGCCAGCGCAGCCAAAGGGGAGCAUGGCGGGGCUGGAGCCCGCACCUGGCGCCUCCUGACCUUCAUGCUGGCGCUCCCCAGCGUGGCUGUCUGCACCCUCAACUCUUGGCUCCACGCUGGCCAACACCAGCGCCCCGAGUUCGUCCCCUACCGCCAUCUCCGCAUCCGCACCAAGCCCUACUCAUGGGGAGACGGUAAUCACACCCUUUUCCACAACCCUCACGUCAACCCGCUGCCCACAGGCUACGAACACUGAGACCCAGGCCGAAGCCUUCAGAUGCAAUAAACGCUGAGAGGCCACA